UACAAAUAUUAUUAUUUUAAAACAUAGUCCUCUCAAGUAUCGCCUGUCCAACCUUAUAAACAUACAUGGUCUCCUUUGAUUAUAAAUCUAUCCUCAACUCUUACAAUUCACAAAACAAAACGCGUGCCCUCUUCAUCUAUUGCCCCAAAUGUGUUAAUUUAUAGCUCGAGUUAAUUGAAAGAGAAAGAGAGGAUGAAGAGUGUUGUUAAGAUUACAGAAAGUCCUAAUCUUUGUGGAUCUUUAGUUGUUAAAGCUUAUCCUAAAAGGUAUUCUUCUAAGAUUCCGUCUGAUUUGGUUCUUUUCUUGGGUCUUGGCUUCAUUGAUUGGUAGAUUUUCACCCUCUUUAGUAGUGUUAAUCAUUGUUAUUUUUAAUUGUUAUUGAAUUGGGUUUCUUGUUGGUUUUCAAGGGUUCCCUUUUGAUCAAUUGUUGUUUGAAUGAGCAUAGAUUUGAUUCUGCAUGUUUCUGUCUUUAGGGUGCUAUUUAUGCAGAUUCUUAGGAUGGGUUUGAUAUACACCUUUUCUAGUGUGUCUUCCCCAGUUUGAAGUGUAUUGGGUUUUCGGGAUUUUGUCAGUUUCGGUUUGGUUCUGACUAGGGUUCUAGGUAUAAGUGUUGUGGUGUCUUCUUGAUUAUUCGGGAAAUUGAAGGGGUAAUAUGAAUUAUUAUGUAAGUAUUUUGAUGGUAUUUGUGUUGAGAUGAAUAUUUUGAAAUCACAACUAGUAUUAGCCCUCAGAGGAAGGGAGACCUUCUGAGAUGGGGGAUUCUCUUCUCACAGCUUUGUCUUUAGAAAAUCAUUACCCGUCAACCCUUUUGUCUAUGGAUUCAAGUGCCUCCUCGUCGCAUGACGAAUUAGACCUGGAAAUGAGUCGUCAUGUUGUUCUUCCCCGUCCUCCAGAUAUUAAUUUACCCCUUUCGGCUGAACGAAGCCCCCCUCUCCAACCUUGGAAUAUGGAAGCUUGUGAGAGUCUUGAUGUUGGACUGGGGACCCAAAUUUAUGAGGCAGAAACCUUUCUCGCUGCCCCUAAGGUUGGACGAAAAUGCGCUAAAAGGGUAGAUAGCAUAUGGGGUGCCUGGCUCUUCUUUAGUUUUUACUUUAAGCCUGUUUUUAAUGAAAAAUCCAAGGCAAAGCUUAUCAGGGACAGCAAUGGACUUUCUGGAUUUGAUAAAUCGGAUCUUCAGCUUGAUGUUUUUAUGGUUCAGCAUGACAUGGAAAAUAUGUAUAUGUGGGUUUUUAAAGAAAGGCCUGAAAAUGCAUUGGGCAAGAUGCAACUUCGAAGCUACAUGAAUGGUCAUUCACGACAAGGAGAGCGCCCCUUUCCUUUCAGUGCUGAUAAAGGUUUUGUUCGUUCUCACCGCAUGCAACGAAAGCACUACAGGGGCCUUUCAAACCCGCAGUGUGUUCAUGGCAUUGAGAUUGUUUCAUUACCCAGUCUUAUGGGUCUUGAUGAUGAUGAGCGCCGAAGGUGGAUGGAGCUCACGGGUCGGGAUUUAAACUUCUCCAUCCCACCUGAAGCAAGCGAUUUUGGGUCAUGGAGAACACUGCCAAACACUGACUUUGAACUAGACAGGCUGCCUCCUUUAAAGAAUAGCACUACAAACUCCAACUCCAAGAAGUUGCUUAAUGGAGCAGGGCUUAACCUAUCAACCCAGCCAUCUAACCAUGCUAACGGGGAUGUCAUGGAUGUAUCUCCUCCUAGCAGCAAGAGGAAAAAAGAUUUUUUCCCACAUGGCAAUGACGAUGAAUGCUAUUUAACGGUUAAUCCUCCGGAGCAUGUACCAAAUAUGGAGAUCCAUCCUAAUGAACCCCACUGGAUACAUGAAUUCACUGGUGUAAUGAGCAAUGCUGCUGGACCGGUGACAGCUGCGAAAACAAUCUAUGAGGACAAAGAAGGAUACUUGAUUAUCAUUAGCUUGCCUUUUGUAGAUCUUCAAAGGGUAAAAGUUUCUUGGCGGAACACACCCACUCAUGGCAUAAUUAAGUUGUCCUGUUUGAGCACAUCAUGUAUGCCUUUUGUUCAAAGGCGUGACAGGACCUUCAAGCUUGCAGAUCCAUUUCCAGAGCACUGCCCUCCUGGAGAUUUCGUAAGAGAAAUCCCUCUACCGACCAGAAUUCCAGAAGAUGCAACUAUAGAAGCAUAUUACGAUGGACCAGGAACAUCGCUUGAGAUAUUGGUGCCAAAACUCCGUGAAGGACCAGAGGAACAUGAGGUCCGUGUUUGCCUUCGCUCUCACCCUCACCUUGGCGGUAAUGAUCUUAUGUUAAACUAAGACUCUUUGGAGCUAUAUGUAAUCGGUAGUUAAUCAUAAUGUGGUGCUUUAGUAUCAACUAACUCUGCGCCACACAAUAUAGACUAUGUAUGUGUCCCAGAAUUAUCCUAUCAGCUAUUAAGAUAUUUUGCUGUAAGCUAUUAAGAUAUUUUGCUGUUUUUUAUAA